UGAGGAGCUGUUGUGUAGAGCUGCUGUUCAGCUGAGCUCAGCACCAGUGAAGGCAGAGGUGUCCCCCCCUCAGGUGGCUCUGAUAACUGUGUAAACCUGCUCUGAAUCCCGGACCUUGGGCUCUGACAGACACCACAGGCUGUGGGCGUUUCUUCGAAAGUACAUGAUGUGGGGCAUUUACAGCAGAACUAUGGUCAAGGUGGGGAUGGCGAAACCUUGUGCCUUAUUGAAACCCUGUCACUUAGUGAAGCCUGUAUCUGCCACUCGAGUCCCUGGAAGAUACCUGACUCAUCAGAAGGGUCUGCCCACCUUGCCAGUCCCCCCUCUGCAUCAGACUUGCGAACGCUACCUCACUGCCCUUGAGCCCAUUGUGGAGGUCGACGAAUUGAAGCACACAACAGAGCUGAUAGAAGAGUUUCAGAAACCAGGAGGAGUCGGAGAGAGACUUCAGAAAAGCCUUGAGAGGAGAGCACACAAUACUGACAACUGGUUGUCAGAAUGGUGGGUGCAGGUCGCUUACCUCGACUACCGGUUGCCUGUAGUGGUCCAUUCAAGUCCUGGUUUGGUGUUGCCUCGUGUAAACUUUAAUGAUAAACAGGGACAAAUAAGGUUUGCUGCAAAACUUAUUGCAGGUGUUCUGGAUUUCAAGACAAUGAUUGAUAAUGAGACUCUACCAGUGGAAUACCUGGGAGGAAACCCUCUGUGUAUGAAUCAGUACUAUCAGGUUCUGUCCUCCUGUCGCAUCCCAGGUCUGAAGAGAGACUCAGUGGUGAACCAUGCAAAGAGCUCCAUACCCCCUAAACACAUCACUGUUGUUCACAACUCUCAAUUCUUUGUGCUGGAUGUAUACAACAGUGAUGGGAGUCCACUGGACACUGAUCAGCUCUGUGUUCAGCUGGAGAAGAUCUGCAGCUCCUCAAAACAGACCAACAUGGAUCCCGUUGGCAUCCUCACCACCUUGGAUCGGGACUCAUGGGGAAAGACCUACAACAGCCUCAUAAAGGACAAGACAAACAAAGAGUCUGUGUCAGCGAUCCAAAGGAGCAUCUUCACAGUGUGUUUGGAUGGACAGAUGCCUCCAGUGUCUGAUGACAUGCUCCGGAGCUGUGCUGCUGUCCAAAUGCUGCAUGGAGGAGGCAGCCAGUGGAAUAGUGGCAACCGCUGGUUUGACAAGACGCUGCAGUUUAUUAUUGGAGAAGAUGGAACAUGUGGUGCAAACUACGAGCAUGCCCCUGCUGAGGGCCCCCCCAUUGUGGCCUUAAUCGAUCAUGUUGUAGAAUACACGAAAAAGUCCAAAAUAACAGAGUCUCCCGUGAAGCCUCUGCCAAUGCCUCAGAAACUACAUUUCAAUGUCACACCAGACAUCAAAAAGGAUAUUGAAGAGGCCAAGCAGAAAAUGAACACACUGGCACAAGAUGUGGACUUGAAGGUUGUUGUAUUUGACCACUUUGGGAAAAAUGUUCCCAAGACCCACAAGAUGAGCCCUGAUGCUUUCAUACAGGUCGCACUACAACUGGCCUACUACAGGAUGUAUGGACAGAGCUGUGCCACAUAUGAAAGUGCUUCUCUGCGUAUGUUCAGGUUGGGUCGUACUGAUACAAUCAGAUCAGCCUCGACUGCCUCUGCUUCCUUUGUUAAGGCCUUUGAUGAUCCCACUAAACAGAACACAGAAAAGGUUGAUUUACUGGAUAAAGCUGUAAAAGCACACAGGUGGUACACUAACAUGGCGAUCAGUGGCCAGGCCAUAGACAGACACCUCCUGGGCCUUAAGAUGCAGGCUAUGGAAGAAAAACUCACCAUGCCUAAAGUCUUCACAGACAACUCCUAUUCUAAAGCUUUGCACUACCUAUUGUCCACAAGUCAGGUCCCAUCCAAGACUGACUGUGUCAUGUGUUUUGGUCCUGUUGUGCCAAAUGGAUACGGCGUUUGCUACAAUCCAAUGGAAAGUCACAUCAACUUUGCAGUGUCAUCUUUCAAUACAUGUAAUGAAACAAAUGCAGCACAUUUGGCCCAAGCAGUAAAGGAUGCUCUGCUGGACAUGAGGACACUAUUGGAACAAACUCCUAGAGCCAAACUGUGAAGUAGAGGUUAAGGUCUCAGCGAUGACUCCAGUGACAUGUGCUUAAUGUAAUGUAUGAAGAAUGAUGGAGUGGCAUAUGACGACCAUACACCGAUUACACUUCCACCAACAUACAGCAGCUGGUCUGAUACAGGCCUGUUAUCUUAACAUGAAAUAAAAUGUCAAUUUGCACUUUAAUUUAUACUGAGAUAUCUGUGGUACCAUGACUGGAACUGGUUCUUUCUCUAGUAGUGGAAGAAUACACAGGCAUCAUACAUUAAAUACAUAGAGAAAUUUAGAAAAAAGUUUUGCAAUGGAAAAAAAAUGUUUUACUAUCUGAUAUUAAUCAUUUUAUUGUUAACAAAGACCAGAAAAAUUAAAUUGUUAAAGCAUUUCAUCAGUAGAUUUGACCUACUGUGUUGUGCUUUUGCCCGAUACACAGAAUGCAGCUCCACAAUGGCGUUGUCAGAUGAAAUCAGCAUCGCUGCAUCAAGUUGAGUCUGCUGGUGGAAAAUAAAAUGUGGAACUUUUACCCUGUUCAACAGUUGGCUCAGUUUAGCAACAAGUUUGUUCAGAAUAGGUUCUAUGCACAGGUUAAAACUACUAAGAUUUUUUUUUUUUGUUCUUCUUCAGGAUGAGUAUUUUUUUUCCAGAGUUGCAUUCUGCAUCAAUAUUUGCCACUGUAUUAUUUUAAAUAUGACCAGGAGGCAUAAAUGUUCAAAUCCUACAGAUCACUUCUGUAAUGAUGUUAGGGCAUUGCUCCAUGUAAUAUUACCAUGUUAUGUGACCUGAGUUUACAUCAUGUGGUGCAUUUUCAAAUAUUUCAACCAGUUAACCUGACUUUUGUUUCUCAAGUUAGGAAACUCAGUAGCUUGUUAAACAAUGAAAUGUAAUAGAGUAAUGAAGAAACAGAAUUAUGCUGCAGGUUGAUUGAGCAGGAAUGAUAAAUUGCAGUGAUUGUGGUAAUGGAUGGUUUGUCAUUUCUACAAAAUAAAAUACAUUUUAAAU